AUGACAGCAAGUAAGAACACGGCUGAGCAGAUGAUGGACCCGCAACCCGUUCGCCUGCAUCCUUCGCGCAUGUUCUCCUUUCCCGACCCUGUCCCGCAGGAUUCAGCUAGCAGGAACGCUACGGCAGUUCCGCUAGUCUACCUGGACUCAAAUCGACGUAAUGCCCCCGUCGCGCUGUUGAAAACAUUCCAAUUUGAGGGCCGCUUCCACAGCAAGCACGCUCGUAGGAAGAUGGUGGAUCUCACUCAGCCAAUCGUACGCGCACCAGAUGACUACGUGGUAGACCUCGAGAACCCACAACGACGAGGUGAAGUCAUCAUCCUCUGGAUUGGAAUCGUGGGAACGAUCAUCUCGACGUUUCUUUUGGCCGUUCGAGCCUACACCAAAGCUGUGUUAGUCAAGAAAUUGUCGUCUGAUGACUAUUGCCUGCUCCUUGCAUGGGUCUUUGCGAUACCUGUACAGUUACUCAUUAUUUACAGGGCACCAGCAGGUCUCAUUGGUGUACAUGCCUGGGAACUUACCGGCCAUCAACUGAACAUUAUCGCGAGAAUAACUCUAACAACUACUGUACUAUACUCGCCAGCUCUCGCCUUCGCAAAGCUGUCAUUCCUUUGUCUCUAUCUAAACUUAAGCCCCGCGCGCGGCUUUCGCGCUGGAGUGUACUUCACCAUAUUUGUUGUCGUCGGAUCUUGUGUCGGUAUUGUUAUCUCUUUACUUGCAGCAUGCAAGCCGUUUGCGAAGAAUAUCGACGUCACCAUCACAGAAGGGCAAUGUUUGAACAAAGCAGCAUUAUACAUCGCUACCGGGGUGCUGAACAUCAUCACGGAUAUCAUGGUCAUCAUCCUACCGAUACCCAUGGUUCUGCGACUACAAAUGUCGAGAGAGCGGAAGAUUAUGGUGAUAGGCAUCUUCAGCGUUGGCUCGAUUACAUGCGUGACAAGUGCGGUGCGCGUUGCAUUGCUUCCCCCAAUGUUGACUUCCAAAGACGCUUCCUGGGACACGGUUUAUCCUAGUCUGUGGAUUCUUAUCGAAGCCAGUCUCAUCAUCAUCACCGGUUCUCUCCUAACCCUGCGGCUAUUCCUCAGGCACGUGGCCCCCUCUUUGGUCGGCAGUCCCGAAGCCACUCGACCAUCGGCAACACGACAGGACUUUGGAUUCGAACUACAAGAACACGGAAUGCUUGAUGCUUAUGAUCUCGAGGAUGGCGCAUCUGAGAGAAAGAUACUUGGAAAGCAAUAUGACAAUGGUGACAGGAUGCAGUCAUCUAGAAGCUCGGAGCACGAAGGCUGUCACAAGUAG